AUGACAAACAUAAUGAUUGAACCAUUGGAAAAAUCCCCAAUGCUUAAAAUGUAUAAGACGCCAAACUAAUUAUGUCUCUACAUCUCAAGGGUAUAAUCAGUAUUUAUUUAUAUUAAAAAUAUUAAAUUUGCUUAUUAUCAUCUAGCUCAAUAAAAACAAGAUACUCCCGAAUCGGGAAGGCUUCUCUUCACCAAUACACCUCUCUUUUCACCAAAAUUUAUAAUACCCGCAGCUCAGACUCCACAAACGAAAAUCAAAAUCUUGAUGAUGUCUUAAAAAAAAUUUCCGAAAAACAAGAAGCAGACACAAGAAGAAAAAGACAAUCCCAGCCAAAGCCGAGCUCAGCGUUUACAUCAGUAUCAAGAGAAACAUAUUCGUCAAUAGGAAGCCGAGCUAGAGUAGUCCCUGAUCCUGGAUGGUAUAAUCCUUCAUAUGAGCUUACAUCUUCACAUGUAUUAUCAGUCCCUAAAUUUAAGACAAGGAAAAAUCGUUCAAGAAAUAAAUGAGAAUCAUUAAAAUCGUCAAUGCUUGACCAUCAAUCAGGAAGCCUAACUGAAAGAAACAGUCAAAAUGAGACUAGUGACAACUAUGAGCUUACUGAAAGACCUAAAGAUAAAGUAAAAUGUGGGAUUAAAUUUGAUUUACAGCUGAGUCGGCCGCCGUUUGCAAGCGGAAAAGGGCCUCCACAUCCUAGUAGGUUUAGCUAUAACCCAAAGUCGACUAUGGUGUCUUCUACAGUGAACUUUAAAAAAAUGCUGGAUAGGGAGGAUUUUUAUCAUUCUAAAAAAAAGAAAUUGAUGAACCCGAAUUUUUUAUUGCUGAAUUCUAAACUUGCGAGAAAAAUUAUUGAUUUUUCUCCCCAAAGGGUGGAUACAGGGUUAGGGUUGCAAAGGAGAAGCUCGAUGGAAAAUUUUAAACUGAGCUCGAAAAAGAAAAAAUUGCAUAAAAGAGUCCUCAGCGUACCAAUUAUUGAGAAAUUUGACCCUGGCUGUAAAUUACUUUUUAACAGGAAUCCAAAUAGAGAAACAGAUAAACUGUGUUUUGAGAAAUUCGAAAGUGCAAUAAUAAAAUUGUCAAAAAUCGAAUAA